CGGGCGCCGAGUGAGCGGGCCGGAGCGCGAGCGGCGGCUGCUGCGCCCCCCGCGCCCCCCGCGCCCCCGGGCCCCGGCGAUGGUGACACAUGCGGCGGCGGCGCGCCGGCGGCAGGACCAUGGUUGAGCGCGCCAGCAAGUUCGUGCUGGUGGUGGCGGGCUCGGCGUGCUUCAUGCUCAUCCUCUACCAGUACGCGGGCCCGGGGCUGAGCCUGGGCGCGCCCGGCGGCCGCGCGCCCCCCGACGACCUGGACCUCUUCCCCACGCCCGACCCGCACUACGAGAAGAAGUACUACUUCCCCGUGCGCGAGCUGGAGCGCUCGCUGCGCUUCGACAUGAAGGGCGACGACGUGAUCGUCUUCCUGCACAUCCAGAAGACGGGCGGCACCACCUUCGGCCGCCACCUGGUGCAGAACGUGCGCCUCGAGGUGCCCUGCGACUGCCGGCCCGGCCAGAAGAAGUGCACCUGCUACCGGCCCAACCGCCGGGAGACCUGGCUCUUCUCGCGCUUCUCCACCGGCUGGAGCUGCGGGCUGCACGCCGACUGGACCGAGCUCACCAACUGCGUGCCCGGCGUGCUGGACCGCCGCGACCCUGCGGCGCUGCGCACGCCCAGGAAGUUCUACUACAUCACCCUGCUGCGGGACCCCGUGUCGCGGUACCUGAGCGAGUGGCGGCACGUGCAGCGGGGCGCCACGUGGAAGACGUCGCUGCACAUGUGUGACGGGCGCACGCCCACGCCCGAGGAGCUGCCGCCCUGCUACGAGGGCACGGACUGGUCGGGCUGCACGCUGCAGGAGUUCAUGGACUGCCCCUACAACCUGGCCAGCAACCGGCAGGUGCGCAUGCUGGCCGACCUCAGCCUGGUGGGCUGCUACAACCUGUCCUUCGUGCCCGAGGCGCGGCGGGCGCAGCUGCUGCUGGACAGCGCCAAGAGGAACCUGCGCGGCAUGGCCUUCUUCGGCCUCACCGAGUUCCAGCGCAAGACGCAGUACCUGUUCGAGCGGACGUUCAGCCUCAAGUUCAUCCGGCCCUUCAUGCAGUACAACAGCACGCGGGCCGGCGGCGUGGAGGUGGACGAGGCCACCAUCCGGCGCAUCGAGGAGCUCAACGAGCUGGACAUGCAGCUCUACGACUACGCCCGGGACCUGUUCCAGCAGCGCUACCAGUACACGCGGCAGCUGGAGCGCCGCGAGCAGCGGCUCCGGAGCCGCGAGGAGCGGCUGCUGCACCGCGCCAAGGAGGCGCUGCCCCGGGACGAGCCCGAGGAGCCGGGCCGCGUGCCCACCGAGGACUACAUGAGCCACAUCAUCGAGAAGUGGUAGUGGCCGCGGCGGGGAGGGGGACGCCCGCGGGGAGAGGGGCCAGGACGGACAGGGGCACGCAGACGGGGGCAUGCACGCUCGCGCACACACACACACACACACACACAUACACACACACACGGAUAUGCACACGGACACGCAAACACACACGGACACGCACAUGGAGGCACAGAGUUGCCCACACGCACACACGGAGGCACAGAGUUGCCCACACACACACACAGACACAGGCACACAGAUGUAGGCACAUGCAUUUACAUGCCUGGGCAUGCGGGCACACACACACUCGGGCACACGCUGCACGUGUAAACUUACGCGUGUCCAUGUCCAGGCAGACACACACGUAGACACAUACAUACACACACGAACACAGGCAGCAUACCUGCUCGCAGACACAGACAAGCACAUCCAUGGCCUUGCAGGCACACGUGCAUGCACACGCAGACACAUGGGUACGCCCGGGCCCCUGCAUACACACGAGGGCCCACCCGAACUCUCCCCGCGCGUCCCACCUCUCCCUCCCCUCCGGGCCCGGAGAACAGGACUCGGGGCGGUGGGCCCAGGCAUGGUUUGUCCCCAGCGGGGCACACUCAUCGCGUUCACGGCAGCCCAGGGGUGCCGGAGGAGGUGGGCGUGGCAGAAGCGGGCGCUCCCGCACCACGUAUCCCCUCACCCGCUUGCCGGGCUCUGCAGUGUCACCAGCACCCCGGGGCCUGCGUCCCAACCAGGGGCCUCGGGAUCAGGGUGCCCAGCCCUGGGGCUGGAGGCAGUGCAGCCUUCGCUUCUAGACUGCAGACCCCACUCCAGGGCACCCAGGGGUGGGGGGCUGGGACGGAGGGAGCCGCCCGGCUGGUCCUGCACAGAUGCAGGGUGCCCACGAGCCACUCCUUGCCGCCCCCUCGCCAUCUGCCCUCCCCCGAGGGUGUGUCUGCAGGGCCGCCCCACCCUGCGUGGCCAGUCGGCCGUCAGACUCGUGGCCCGGGGCAUGGACAGCGCGGCCGAGGCCCCUGAGCCACACGCGGGGCCCUCGGAUGCCCAGGAGAGGGACCAUGGUGACCGGGUUCUCCUUCGGGGCAGCCGUGGCUCUGGGUGACUCCGUGCCCCCUGCCCCACGCCCCCCCCCCCCCCAAGGCCCUGUGCCUGGCAGCAAAGCAGCCGGAGAUGCCAUGUCCCUCCUGUGGUCUGGGCUCAGGGAGGGGCGAAGGGAGCCGGGCGGGGGGUGGGAAUCCAGGAGGCAGAGGGGCCCUGGGCCCGGGUGGGUUUGAGACUCGGUGGCCCUGGUGAAGGCGGGGGAAGGUCGUCCUCAGGACCUGCUCGUGGUCUGCAGGGCACCCACUCGGGCUCUGGACUCUCACAUAAGCAUGCAGGGCGCCUCCCGGGAGAAGGAUGCAGCCCCCCAGCGCCCCCACUCCGGACCCCCUCCCCGGGCAGCCCCCUGCGUGAGGGCCGGAGCGCGGAUCUGUUUUGUACAUAUGGGAAUGUUUCCACUUCAGACCCCGGGUGCCCGUUCACACGCGGACACAGGUCUCCACGCCGUGGCUGAGCCUGGGGGCGGGGGGGUGCCCUUCUGGUGCCAGGCUGCAGGCACCGUGUGGCAUCCCGGCCUCCAACUGUUCUCCCCGCACUGGCCCUGCUUGGCGGUGCCCAUGGCGGGGACAGCAGCCCUGGGCAGUGGAGAAGGACUCUGAACUUUGGGGGUGAACUGGAAGUGUUUGAGCUGAACCCAGGAGCAUUUAAAGCUUUAUUUAUUUAUAGCUUCUUCUUAAAAAAAAAAAAGGUUUAAAAAGGAAAGAAAGGAAAGCAUUGAGAAGAAACCCUUUGGUUAUUCGGACAAAACACAAAGAGAAAAGGAUGAUGGGAAAGCAAAUCAGUUAUCUCCUUGUUUCUGUCUAGGUCAGAAAUGAAUGUUAGCCGAAGAAAUAAACCCUGAAAAGGA